UCACGCACACGCAAAGGCAAACGCGAGGUAAUGUAACCAACUUCACUCGGCAAAUGUUCGAUCUGUUUCAACUACGUCGAGGCUUGUACUGUUUGGGAUUGCGCUUUCGGUAAUUAUUGUUUUAGUCAUUAUAAUAGUGUUUUUUGAUUCAUUGUGAUUCUUAUCUAGUCGAAGACAUGGCUUUAUCAGUUGCACUACCUCUGGGUGGGUUGGAGACAGAAAAUUUUAACUCGUUCAGGCAUAUCAUAGAUAUAGCGGGCCUAUCCCAGUCGCAGACGAGCCCAAGUCCAUCUGUCUCCAGUGAAUCUAGCGGUAUCGGCUCGCUGGGAUCGUUAAAAUCCGAAUCGAUCAAUAACGAUUCCCUGCCGUCUAGUCCUCAAACAACAGAGAAGAAAUUAUUUGAACCCUUUGUGCAACCACAGCCAUGUCAGAAAGAGAAAAAAGUUGAAGAUGUUAAAAUCAUAUAUGGAGGACAUGAUAUUCUCAACUUGAGCGCUAAUCUCACUGAUUCCCGAUGGAACUACCGUGCCACAAUGCUGCCGCCAAACAACCCUGCGCUGUUCUUUGCUAACCGGUCACAGUACCACCGGCUUGGGCCCUACGGGACACGCACACAGUAUGUAAAAGAUUCUUGCCGUAUGUGUGGCUUCAAUUGGGUUGUAGCUGCCACAGAGUGACUUGUCAGUGUGUCAACCUAAACACUGAACAAAUGGGAGCUGGGUUUGACUGGGGUGCAACAGGCUGCAAAUGUUUUUUUAUUGUCACAAUGGUUGUACAAAAAUGAAUUCUUAGCCAACAACUUCAGUUCAUCUUCACAAAAUAAUCUUAUGACAACCUGUCGUUUAAGCCUAAAAUCGACAGGGCUAUUCCUAUUUUUCUACAAAGUAAUAUUUAUUUAAGGUACUCAGUAAUAUAAACAAAUUAUUUCUGCUGAACUGUAGUAGCUGGACUUGUGACAACUUCCCAAUGUUUUAAUUGAAGUAUUUGCCUGCUGUAGCCUAGUCCUACGGAUGACUGUGGAAUAUGCAUGUGGCUAUCGUCGCACACUUAUGGGAACAUUUUAAUCGUGACUUAAUACUGUGAUCUUAAUUUAAAAAAGGCAAUUUUGACAAAUUCUGUAAAGUGUGUGAUGAUGCAAUUUUAUUUCGUUUUUGUUUUGUUUAACUUAUUUAAUUUUUUGUGAUAAAUUAAAUGUUAGGUUAAUUGAAUUAAUGCCAUUAGUUUUACAGACAUACAAAAUUGGCAUUUGAAAUCCCAAAAACUAGGAUCUUAAUGACUCAUA